AUGGACGCCAAAAGCGAUUUCAAGGUUGUGAUUGGAGGCGGCAGCAUCACCGGUCUUACCGUGGCCAACAUGCUGCAGCUGUACGAUAUCGAUUUCGUCGUGCUCGAGUCAUAUCCGGAUAUUGCGCCCCAGGUGGGCGCAAGUAUUGGCAUAUUGCCACAUGGGAACCGGAUAUUAGACCAACUCGGCUUGUACCAGAAGGUUCUGGAUCUAUGUCCCCCUUUGGACUCAUUCCACUUUCGUGAUGAGACGGGCAACAUAAUUUGCGAAUUCCGAGGCAUGGACCAGUCGAUGAGGGAGAGGCACGGUUAUCCAAUCGCAUUCUUGGAUCGUCAAAUGGUGCUUCAAGUGCUAUACGACAACAUCCGUGACAAAACCAAAAUUCUCACAAAGAAACACGUCCAAAAGGUCGACAUGACUGAUGACGGCGUGGUGGUGAAGACUUCUGACGGCUCUUCCUACAAAGGCGACAUCCUCAUUGGGGCCGAUGGAAUCCACAGCUCUGUGAGAGGAGAAAUGUUGAGGAUUGCGAAUGAAAUUUCGCCUGGGUGGAUUCCAUCCGAUGAGCCCGUUUCGGUCCCUUGCGAUUAUGGAUGUGUUUUCGGAAUUUCCAACAAUUGCAAGGGCAUUGAGCCCGGUGCGUCGAACUCGGUGUUUAAGAAGCAUGAGUCUUACAUCGUCAACGGUGGUCCGGAGGGUCGCGUCUACUGGUUCUAUUUCUUCAAGCUGGCGCGGCGAGCCUACGGCGACGACAUUCCAACCUACACUAAACAAGACGAGGAGAAGCUACUCGCGCAGCGAGAAAAUGACAACAUCACGCCGAAUCUCAAGUUCAAGGAACUUAUAGAUCGUAGGGUUACGACGGCUUUGGUGCCUUUGCAGGAAUACGUCUUUCGACAGUGGUAUUUCAAGCGUAUCAUCACCAUAGGUGACGCCGCACACAAGUUCCAUCCAAUCGGUGGUCAUGGUGGCAAUGCUUGUUUCGAAUCAGCAGCAGUUCUUGUCAACGCCCUUCGUAAAGUGCUUGCGAAAUCUCGAGGCGGCAAGCCAACACUGGAACAGAUUGAACAUGUGUUUGCUACGACUCAAAAGGUUCGCCAGGAACGGGCGACCACCCUCAAAGAACACUCGCACGAACAACAGCGAACUGAGUCAAUCGACACGCCGUUCCAUCAGCUCGCGGCCUUCUAUCUGUUGCCGAUGACUGACAAGGAGGACGUCACCUUUAAUUUCUCCCGCAACAUGCCGCUCGCUGAAAAGCUGGACAAUCCGAAAUUGAGCCCUGUCUCGAGACUCGUGCCUUACAAAGACGAGCUUCUAAGCAGCCCACAGCCCCGAGGUGUCAAGAAGUGGUACUUUAUGGGAUUCUACUUGCUAAUUGCCGCCAUCGUUUACUAUGGCAUGUGGGUCUGGUCUGCCCAUUACGGCCUUGGAGAUCAUUUGGAGGCUGUGCUGAAGACUGGGGGGUUCACGUUCGAUCCGGCUUUCACCCUCAAGCGCAACUAUAUUGGUAUCAAGCCAAUCGAUGACUAUUUGGUGUUCUUGGCAGCAGUAUUCAUGCCAGGUUUGAAUAAUUGGGAUCAGGACUUCAGGGUCUUGCAAUUGUAUUUCCUGGGAAUGCUCAUCCAACCCAUUGCGGUGUGGACUGUUGAAGCAUAUCGCAAACGCAACAUGCUGACGCCAGUAUCACUAAUUACGAUCUGGUUCACACUUUUCCAGUCGGCCGGCAUUGGCAUCUACAUGCCAAUCUACUACGCCGUCUAUACGUACAUUUCUGAGGCGGAAACGUACUGGUGGCCACUCAACCGAGAAGUUCAGAUUCAAUUUGCUUCAUCACUCCUACCGGCCGUUCUGAUCGGCUACACGCUUCCAACAAUUCUCAUGUUCAUACCGUGGAAUAGCCCCAACACAGUACAAAACCUUGAGUCUCUUUGGCAAGUGUCCCCAAUGCUUGUCCCGCUCAUGUGCGGGAUUCUUGGGCACCUUUAUACCAGGAGACAUAGCCUCGUUCAGACCCCCAAGAAAGCCAACCAGCUUUUCCCUGACGUUCCACAUCUCAACAUGGUUUACGUUGUUACUGGUGUGCUUGGUCUAGUGCUACAUGUCUACUGCGUUGCCAAGAUCACGUUGUCCCCCAAUAUCAGCUUGGCGUCAGUCUUCUGGCCUGACUUUACUGGACAAUCAAAGUCAUUUGGCCAAGGUCUUAUCGCUCUCUUCUUGGCAGACUUCUGGGGCUUCCACAUUGCCACCUACGCUUGGCUGUGCAUGGCUGUUUGGGAUUUAAAGCGAAUGGGCAGGACAGCAGUCAACGUUGGCAAUGCUUCAACCAUCAUCGCUUUAAGCAGCCUCAUUAUCGGCCCCGGUGCUACUAUGUCAGCGGUUUGGUAUUGGAGAGAGAACGCCCUAGCCAGGACCUGUUUCACUCAAGGCCUGAACUAA